GCCUCCCGCCCCGCUGGCAGCCCGCGCCGCCGCCUCCCCCUCCCCGCAGCGCGGCGUCAGGUGCCGCGGAGCGCCCAGCGCGCCUGUGCGGCGGCCACCCGGAGCGCAGCGGGGCCGCAGCCGGGAGCAGGAGCCGCGCUCGCCGCUGGCCGAGUGAGAAGAUGGCGGAGCCGGGGGCUGCGCGUACCUCCCCCCCGCAGCCGCGGGCGCCAGUGGUGGAUGGAUUUCUGAAAACUGAUGAAAGGCAAAGAUUAGCAAAAGAAAGAAGAGAAGAAAGAGAAAAAUACCUAGCUGCCAGAGAGCAGCAGAUUUUGGAGAAGGAAAGAAGAGCAAAACUUCAGUAUGAAAAGCAAAUUGAAGAACGAUGGAGAAAACUGGAGGAACAGAGACAGAGAGAGGAGCAAAAGAGAGCAGCUGUUGAAGAGAAGAGGAAACAGAAGCUCAGAGAAGAAGAGGAACGUUUAGAAGCCAUGAUGCGUCGUUCACUAGAACGAAGUCAGCAGCUGGAACAGAAACAGAAGCGAUGGUCGUGGGGAGGAGCACUGACUGCAGGCUCAGGAGGGAGAGAUGGUGAAUCAGAAAAUACCCCACCCCCUCUCCUAGGUUUAGCUGCCAACACCCUUCCUUCAGACCCUGUGACCUCUACUGCUGCUGCUGAUUCCUACAAUGCAUGUGACAAACUUUCAGCUUCUACAAUGAAUCUGCCAAAGCAAAUGGAGUCACCAAUCAGUAAGCGUCUCUCCUCCUCCACAGCGGCAAUAACAUAUUCCCCUGACAGAGCUCACCGCAUGCACCUUAGUCCAGUGGAAAACUUUAUUGUUUCUCGACUGCUGACUCCCACACAGUCUUCUUUAGCCAGAAGCAGAAGCACAUUAAUGCUUUCUGAGCAAUACAAUGAUUCAGUAUUCCAUAUCUGUCCUCGUGUAGCACCAGCUAGUCCUCUUAAAUCUCCCUACAAGCCUUCCCCCACCCGAAGUGCAGAAAGGAAGAAAGCAGCAUCAGCUUCCACUUCUGAUGCCAUGAAAGGGGCAACUGCAGCUGAAGUUACACAGACUGAAAAGAUAAAGAGAGAGAAGCGACCCACAACACCUGUUUCAUCAUCUGGCCUGGGAUCCCCUCUGAGAAGAUCUGAUUCUCCUGCAAGCAUAUCUAAAAGACCUGCAUCACCUGCACCACCGAAGACAGUUACAAAGACGUAUCCACAGUCUCCUAAAAAUGUUAAACAAUAUCCUGCAUCUCCUGUGAAGCACCGUGUCACCUCUAAUCUCAGCCAGGAGACUCCUAAAAAGAAAGCAGACAAGGAGAAAGAGAACACCACUAACCACAAACCCCAGCUGUCUUCCACUGAGGAGGUUGUGGGCCAAGCAGUUGCUGAGAAACAUGUGCCUUCUGCAGGAAAGACUGAAAGCAGUGAAGGGAAGCUCACAGCAGGAACUACUGAUGCAGAAGAAGCUACAAAAAUUCUGGCAGAGAAAAGACGGCAGGCUCGUCUGCAGAAAGAACAAGAAGAACAGGAGAGACAGGAGAGAGAAGAGCGGGAAAGGCUAGAGAGAGAGGAGCUGAAAAGAAAGACAGAAGAAGAAAGAAUUCGCCUAGAAGAAGAAGCUUGUAAGAGAGAGGAGGAAAGAAGGCGUGAAGAGGAAGAGGCUAGGAGAAGAGCAGAGGACGAUGCCAGAAGGAGAGCUGAGGAAGAAAAAAUGCUAAAGGAAAAGCAAGAAAAAGAACUGCAGGCCAAGCUUGAAAAACAGAGAGAAGAAGCUGAAGCAAAGGCCCGAGAGGCAGCUGAAAACAUGCGGCUGGAAAGGGAACAAAUCAUGCAGCAGAUUGAGCAAGAAAGACUGGAGAGAAAGAAGCGAAUAGAUGAAAUAAUGAAGAGAACAAGAAAGAGUGAAACACCAGAAGUAAAGAAGGAAGAGCCAAAACUGGAGAUACCAUCAACUUUGACUGUGGAAAAGCAACCAAAAACUCUUGUUCUCAAUCAAACAGAAAUCAAUGGACUGACAGCCUGCCAGGAGAAUCAAGGCUUAGGAUGUGCUGCUGCUGAAACACUUUCUCGAGAUAUAUUUUCUAACGGACUUAAGUCAGUUACGGGGCUUAUUCAGCUGGGUGCCAUUGAUGGGAAAUCUAACAGCAUGGAUGAUUCAACAGAUGAGGUUCAGUCUAUGGAUGUGAGUCCUGUUUCCAAAGAAGAACUUAUAUCUAUCCCAGAAUUUUCACCUAUGAAUGAACUCAUUCCCGGUGGUUCUAUGGACCAGAAUGGAACAAGUAAUGCCAAGGCUCUUGAAGAUCUCUUGGAUUUCACAGGACAGGCCACUUACUCCAAGAUAUCCAGUGAAAACAUUAGCCUGGAUGAUUGUAACAAAAACUUGAUUGAUGGAUUUAACAGUCCUGGGCAGGAGAAUACACUUAACUCCAUCUGUUGACAACCACACGACUCUGUUGUACAGAUGAAGAGGAAGUAUUUAUGGAGGAUAUACGUCCUGUCAUGCUGCUGGCAGUAAAAUAUGAGCUUGUCAUCUGAAAGAGCUUCUGCAGUCUUUGAACACUGGAUUUCACAUAAUCAGAGCUGAAUAUAACUUUGUCUUCCCAAGUGGUAUGUUGAAUAACUGGCUGUUCUUCGUAGAUGCCAGGAAUCUAUAGCCUUGAUUAGUUUCAGGGAAGAUUCAUUGUGCUUUACAAUUUGGGCUUCAGCUGCUAAUAAAGCUCUUACUACUUUUUUUUUUAAUUUAAAUUUCAUCUAAAUACUUCACUGUGAUUUUUACCCUGUGCAUUUUAUUUUAAAAUCAUUCUUCCUUCAGUUUUAUCAUACAAGUACUCGAUGUCAUUUUCUUGUAAAUACUAUGAGGUUUGCCCACAGUGCGUUGAAAUUAAAUAAUGUACUGUACUUUAGCUCUGUGCCUAUUUUUUUAAAUGGGGAAAAAUACUGAAGAGUUCUCGGCAACUCUUUUUUGCAGGUGUAUAAUUGCAAAACUAGAACUGAGGAAGCAUGAAAACAAAUAAUUAUUCAACUGCUGGAAUCAAAGGAGCCUCCUUACAGACUGUGGAGGGUUAGAUUUAUCCCCCUGCUACAAUGCAUCACACAUGAUUAUUUUGUCUUUUUUUUAAAGUCAAUAGUGACAAAGCAGUUUGUUAAUACAGUACUAA